AUGGUGAACCUCUUCAAGCGGAUGCGGAAGCUGCAAACUCUCCUCAACAUCCGCAUCGGAACCGGUGCCGCCAUCCUCCCAACCGCCCCCUCCGCAACCAAAGACUUCCCCGCCAUCACCCGGCUGCACCUGACGUACGCGCGCAAGAUCUACGGCGGCCACCAGGGGGCGCGCCACUUCUGGCGCAACUGCCUGCCGCGGCUGAAGUACCACAACCCGUCGGUAGCGAUGAGCGUGAAGCAGACAGACGAGCAGGACGGCCCUGCGGCGCUGACGAUAUACUUCGCCGAGCAGGCCAGCAAGGCCGCGGCGCUGAACGGCUCGGCCGUGCAGGACAAGCACGCGCCCGCGCCGACGGACGCCGAAAAGACCGCCGUCGUCGACCUCAAGAACCUCGACUACAAGGAGAUCUGGAACAAGGUGGCGCUGGUGACGGGCGCGCAGGACGUCGCCGCGUCCGACGACGAGCUCAAGCAGCUCGCCCGGUUCGAGCAGAUGAAGCAGCAGUCGGAGCGGGAUCGCGCCCGUGUGCUUGGCAUUCGGCAGGCGAAGAAGGACCAGGAGCGCAUGCUGCAGGAGGCGCGCGGUGAGGUGGAGAAGUUGAAGCAGCUUUAG